AUGGAAUCAAAAUCAGUAGCCAUCAUUGGAGCAGGUCCUAGUGGUUUAGUAGCCGCCAACGUACUUUUGAAAGAUGGUUUCAAUGUGACGAUUUUCGAACGUGGACGAUAUAUUGGUGGUAUGUGGUGUGAAGACAAUGUUUACAUCAAUUUGCAUAGUCAACAAUUCGGAGGUACAAUAGAAUUUUCUGAUCUAUUUGAUGGCGAAGAAUUUGCUUCUUGGCAACAUAUACAUGAUUAUUUAAAACGAUAUGCAGAUCAAUGUCAUCUAACUGAACGUAUUAAAUUUCAAACACGUGUCAUCGAAGUAAAAAAGAAAAAUUUGAAAGAUGGAAAUAUUCCAUGGCAAAUCAAAGUUGAAAAAUUCGAUGGUCAAUAUGAAAUAUAUGAAUUUGGUUUUCUUAUCGUAGCUACUAGUCUUUUCAAUGAACCAUACAUGCCAUAUAUACGUGGUCAAGAAAAAUUUACUGGAACGAUUAUUCAUGGUCAUAGUUUAAAAUCACACGAACAACUUAUCGACAAACGUGUCGUGAUCAUUGGUGGUGGCAAAUGUGCAGUAGAUCUGGCUUCAACUUGCGGUUCAUAUGCUCGUAGUUGUCACAUUAUUUUACGGCGUGCUCACUGGAUGCUACCACACACAAUGGUAGGCGGUUUAUUGCCUGCACGAUGUAUAUUGACACGUCUUGCUCAAGCUCCGUAUCAGCCAUUUCCAGGUGCACCUCAUUCGAAAUUAUUUCAAUAUUUGCAUGGUACACUUCCGCGCUUAUUUACAUUCAUCACAGACAAGAUUGCUGAUGAUAUAAUUGCUAUAAAUGGAUCAGAUUUAUAUGAGGAUAAAGUAUUUCUACCGAAUAAUUCAUUUCGUAAUGUUGAAAAUAUAUACAUGAUACCACAGAAUUUUAUUCGACUCAAAAAACAAGGUCGUAUUAUAGCAAAAUUGGAUUCGAUCGAUGAAAUUAUUGAUUCAACAACAAUACGACUCAAAUCAGGUGAGCAUUUACAAGCAGAUAUGAUCAUAUGUGCAACUGGUUUCAUCAAUCGAUUCCCAUUUUUUUCCGAUACGGAUGCCAAAACAAUGGGCCUACUGACGACACAAACUUCGACAAAUUCAAAUAUUGAAACUGAUCUUAAUUUGUAUCGACGUAUCAUACCUGUUGGAAUACCCAAUGUGGCUUUUAUUGGCUAUGUAAUAUGUAUAGCCCAGUGGUCGGUGGCCGAAGUAGCCAGCCAUUGGGUAUCAGAAUAUUUUCUAGGGCGACUUAAAUUACCUAUAUCUGAAAGAGAAAUGUACAAAGAAAUUGAUGAGACAUGUACAUUUAUACAUAAAACAUUCAAUCGAACUGGAUGUUAUUUUUUUUAUUACUGGUUAUCACCAAUCGAAAUCUAUCUUAGUGAUAUGGGUCUAAGAUUAAAAAGAACACAUAAUUGGAUAACAGAAUAUUUUGGUAUCUAUCGACCAGAACGACUCAAAGGUUUGCACGAAGAACGGCGUGCUAAAGCUGCUGGUAUCAUAUAUCAUCAUUGGUAUUUCGGUUUUCAACAUACGAUUCUUGUUUUUCUACUCUUAUUAUUUAUUAUUUUAUUAUUAUGA